GAAGAACUGUCAGCAAACGCUAGUAUAAAAAAAAUUAUAAAGUGCAAUGCUUUCAGCAUAAUGUACAAGCAUCUUGCUAGUGGCAACGUAAUCCAAUUUUUCAAAAUCAAACUGCAGUUAUCGGCUGUUGUCUCUCGCGCAAUCUCUCUCUCUCUCUCUCUCUCUCUCUCACACACACACACAUAAACAUCGUGAUAUAUAUAUGCGCGCGCACACACACACACGGAUAAAAUGUCAUGAAAGUAUUCCUGUAACGCACAGCCGUAGCGUUGCGUAGAUUGGAAGUGAAGGCGAGGAAGACAUAAUACGAAGCUCUCUAGUUUAAUAGAAAAUGCCGCCGGCGAAUAUUCCGGUUGUGGUGGCGGCGUGCCUGGUGUUGUUGGUGUCGGUGGUUGGUGGCGUGACGUUGACUCUAGAGAAGGCGAAUCACGAGGGAGUUGAGCUGAGUCGACUCAGAGAUCUCGACCGCGCCAGGCACGGCAGAAUCCUGCAGCAGCGCCCCGCCGGCGUCGUCGAUUUCCCAGUUGAAGGCACUUACGAUCCUUAUCUUGUAGGGCUAUAUUUUACAAGAGUUAAAUUGGGAAAUCCUCCAAAAGAAUUUUAUGUACAGAUAGAUACUGGAAGUGAUGUGCUCUGGGUCAGUUGCACUCCCUGCUCCGGUUGCCCCACUUCAAGUGGCCUCCAGAUACAGCUCGAGUUUUUCGAUCCAUCUAGCUCAUCGACUGCAGGUCUCAUAUCAUGUUCGGACCGAAGGUGUGCAGUGGGAGAGCAGUCCGGUGACUCGAUUUGUUCAAGUAAGAAUCAAUGUGGAUACACCUUCCAAUAUGGUGAUGGCAGUGGCACAUCAGGAUAUUACUUAUCAGACUACAUGUAUCUUGACACUGUAGUUGGGAAUUCAGUGACUAAUACUUCAGCACCUGUUGUUUUUGGCUGUAGUACAUCACAGACUGGGGAUCUUACCAAGCCAGAUAGGGCAGUUGAUGGUAUAUUUGGUUUUGGACAGCAGGCCUUGUCUGUGAUUUCACAACUUUCUUCACAGGGUAUAACACCAAACGCGUUUUCUCAUUGCCUGAAUGGAGGAAAUGGUGGUGGUAUUUUGGUGCUUGGCCAGAUUGUGGAGCCAAAUUUAGUUUACACGCCGCUUGUCCCAUCACAGCCACAUUACAACGUCAAUCUACAAAGCAUCUCAGUGAAUGGACAGACACUACCCAUUGAUUCAUCAGCAUUUUCAACAUCAAACAAUGGAGGAACAAUAAUCGAUUCAGGAACAACGUUGGCAUACCUUGCAGAAGAGGCUUAUGAUCCUUUCGUCAAUGCAAUUAUGCAAACUGUUUCACAAUACGUGCGCCCUCUUUUUACCAAGGGGAACCAGUGCUAUCUAGCCACCUCCAGUGUCUCUGAGAUUUUCCCUCCAGUUAGUUUAAACUUUGCUGGUGGUGCUUCAAUGGUAUUGAGGCCUGAGGAUUACCUUCUGCAGCAGAACUCUAUUGGCGGUGCUGCUGUAUGGUGCAUUGGCUUUCAGAAAACUCAGAGCAAAGGAAUAACAAUUUUAGGAGACAUUGUCUUGAAAGAUAAAAUCGUUGUGUACGAUUUGGCUAACCAAAGAAUUGGAUGGGCAAACUACGACUGCUCUUCGUCCGUGAACGUCUCCACAAGCAGCACGGGCCCAACUGAGUUUGUGAACGCGGGACAAUUUGACAACAAUAGCUCAGCACAUUACAAGCCUUCCAAUCUGCUGUUGAGCAUGGUCAUAUGCCUCUUAUUGCACAGAACAUUCUUUGGUGUUUUGUUGCCAUUUUUAUGAUGUUCCAAUACACAUUUUUGAAUACUUCGAUUUCUUACGUCGUAUCGGAUAAUAUUAUAGGCAUUGGUAGAAGCUAGGUUAUACUCCAUGGUUGCACUUACUUACUUCAUUAGGACAGAAAAAUACUCUUUAACAUUGUUGUACAGAACAAAAUUCAUACAGGAAUACAUCUCUUUUAUACA